AGAACCAACAUAUAAAAUUCAUCAACAUAUUAAAAAAAAUAUAUAGUAGAACAAUAAUUGUGUGAUGGAAGAAGUGAAGUUGCUUGGUCUAUGGUAUAGUCCUUUUUGUCACAGAGUUGAGUGGGCUUUAAAAAUUAAGGGUGUGAAAUGUGAAUUUAUUGAAGAAAAUUUACAAAAUAAGAGUCCCCUACUUCUUGAAUCAAACCCAAUUCACAAGAAAAUUCCAGUGUUAAUUCACAAUGGAAAGUCCAUUUGUGAGUCAAUGGUGAUUGUUGAAUACAUUGAUGAGACAUUUGAAGGCCCUUCUAUCUUGCCUAAAGACCCUUAUGAUCGUGCUAUAGCUCGUUUUUGGGUUAAGUUUUUCGAAGAUAAGGGGUCAGCAGUGGGGACAAGUUUCUUUCACAAAUCAGAGAAAGCUAAAGAGGAAGUUUGUGAGAUGUUGAAAAUUCUUGAUAAUGAGUUAAAGGAUAAGAAGUUUUUUGUUGGUGACAAAUUUGGAUAUGCUGAUAUUGCUGCUAAUUUUCUUGCACUUUGGAUGGGAAUUCUUGAAUAAGCAACUGGAAUUAUUUUGGUAACAAAAGAAAAAUACCCAAAUUUUUAUGCUUGGAGAGAUGAAUACAUUAAUGGGAACAAAGAAUAUUUACCUUCAAGAGAUGAGUUGCUUGCUUUUUUCAAAGCUCGCUUUCAAGCUGCUGCAACACCUCCUUAUUCGAAUUGAUUUCUCGUAUGAUCACUUGAUUAAUCGUUAUAACAAAGAAAGUUAUUUUGCUUUAUCCAAGAACAUUGAUUUUCUGGAAUAAUAACUAGUUAGUUAAGUAUUUGAGAAAUCAAUCCUAUUUAUUCAUCUUUGAAAAUUCAAAAUUUUGUGUGGCAAUAAAAGUUGGGGUGAAUUUAGAGAGUGUUUUGUGGGUUCAAAUAGAUUAUAAGUAUUAGUUCGAACUAUGCAUAAAAAAAAAAAUCAAACUA